AUGCCUUCGCAGUGCUUACCUCUGGUCUCCAAAUGCACAAUUUUCCCAGCCCAUAAAUCCAAUAUGGGUGACCUUAAACUUUCUGUUUCCGACCUCCCAAUGCUCUCUUGCCACUACAUUCAGAAAGGGGCUUUGUUUACCCGCCCACCAUUUCCCAUUUAUCAGCUCGUUACUCUACUCAAAACCAGUCUCUCACAGUCAUUAACUCACUUUCCACCACUUGCGGGUCGACUGACCACCGAUUCGGAGGGAUAUGUUUACAUUAUCUGCAAUGAUGCCGGAGUGGAUUUUAUCCACGCCAAUGGGUCCCAUAUUCAUGUAAGGGACGUUCUGGGAUCCAUUGAUGUGCCUCAAGAAGUUAAGAGGUUCUUUGCUUUUGAUCAAAAGGUGAGUUAUGAAGGCCAUUUCAGCCCUAUUCUUGCCGUUCAGGUCACGGAAUUGGCUGAUGGCGUUUUCAUUGGAUGCGCCGUGAAUCAUGCUGUUACAGAUGGGACCUCCUUCUGGAAUUUCUUCAAUACUUUUGCUGAGAUAAGUAGAGGUGUCAGGAGGAUUUCAAGGACGCCGGACUUCCGUCGUGACUCGGUUUUGAUUUCUCCUGCAGUGCUGAAACUCCCCGCCGGCGGACCCAAGGUUAGUUUCUCCGUCGACGCUCCGCUGAGAGAGAGGAUUUUCAGUUUUAGCAGAGAAUCAAUUCAGAAGCUGAAAUCCAAAACCAAUAAUCAGAAAUGGGAAUUGAACAUUGUCGAAUUGAUGGGCAAGCAGAGCAACGACCCAUUGAAAUUUCCCGACGAGAAGUCGACGCCGUUAACUUGGUUCAGAAACGCCAUUUCCAGGGAGUCAAAUUAUUCAACAGAUCAAAAAGCUGAGAUUUCAUCCUUUCAAUCACUGUGUGCUCUGUUAUGGCGCGGCAUCACGUUUGCCAGAAAAUUACCAGCUUCCAAAACGACAACUUUCCGGAUGGCUGUGAAUUGCCGUCACCGGCUGGAGCCGAAGCUGGAGCCUCUAUAUUUCGGCAACGCGAUUCAGAGCAUUCCAACAUUCGCAACUGCCGGUGACGUUUUGGCUAAAGAUCUGCGGUGGUGUGCCGAGCAAUUAAACAAAAAUGUGCAGGCGCACGAUAAUGCUACCGUCCGGAAGUACAUAGGGGAUUGGGAGCAAGAUCCACGGUGCUUCCCAUUGGGAAAUUUUGAUGGCGCGAUGAUCACAAUGGGUAGCUCUCCGCGGUUUCCAAUGUACGAUAAUGAUUUCGGGUGGGGUCGACCCACGGCGAUUCGGAGUGGUCGGGCCAACAAAUUUGAUGGCAAGAUUUCUGCAUUUCCAGGACGUAAUGGCGGUGGAAGUGUUGAUCUAGAGGUGGUUUUGGCACCGGAGACCAUGGCAGCGUUGGAAUCUGACUCGGAGUUCAUGGAAUUUGUUUCGGCUUAUUAG